AUGACCUCAAUACCGCGCGUCUUCCACCCGACCGCCAAACCGAUCGCGGUCGCCGAGUUCAUCGAGGCCGUCCGCGCAACAUGCCCGCCGCGGUUCCCGCUGACGCGCGGGCAGAACCGCCGGCCCGUGGGCCUCGCCGUCAGCGGCGGCGUCGACUCCAUGGCCCUGGCGCUGCUGUGCAGCCAGGCCCGCAGGUCGGAGCACGACUUCAAGAUCGCUGACCACCCGGUCAACCACUUCCAGGCGCUGAUUGUCGACCACGGAAUGCGCGAGGGCAGCUGGGAGGAGGCGGCCGCCGUGAGGAAGGUGCUGGAGGACAAAACGGGCAUACGAGCCGAGCUGCUUCGCAUUCAGUGGUCGAAGGAGCUGGGCUACGGCGUGGCACCUAAGGAUCUGCCCAACUUCGAGAGCGUUGCUCGGCGGCUGCGGUUCCGACGGCUGGGAAGGGCGUGCAACUUUAGGAAGUUGGCCAGCUUGCUCCUGGCGCACCACGAGGAUGACCAGUAUGAGACUGUCCUCAUGCGCUUGUUGGCCGGGCACGGGCCAGCUGGACUGCGUGGGAUACGCGCCUCGUCGGAUAUCCCGGAAUGUUACAACAUGCAUGGAACGUAUGCCAGCGGCUUUAUCGAUGAUCAGGAGAGGACACACCCGUACUACAACUCGCGACCUUCGCGGAAGGAGAAGCAGUAUCUCCGGGAGGAGCUGACUGCUGAGGUUGGCCCGGAGACUAUGCAUGAGAUCCAGCAAGGCCUAAAGGGGGGGCUCUACCUGAAUGAUGAGUUGGACGAGCAAACCCCACGCACGAGGUGGCUGCCGCAGCUGGGACCGCUGGAUAUUGAGGACGGCGGUGUCAUGGUCUAUCGCCCGCUUCUUGAGUUUAGCAAAGAUAGGCUGAUUGCCACAUGCCUUGAGGCGGAUGUUCCGUGGUUUGAGGAUGCUACGAAUCACGAUCGGACAUUGACAGUACGCAAUGCUGUAAGGCAUCUUUACAAGAAUCACGAGCUGCCUGUUGCGCUGCAGAAGCCAUCAAUUCUCCAGCUCAGGAAGAGGUGCGAUGACAAAGCUUUCGCACUUGAUGCUGAAGUCGACAAGUUGCUCGGACGUACCAUCAUUCGAGACUUUCAAUCCAAUAUUGGAACGCUGCUAGUACAAUUGCCGACGUUUAGAGUUCCUAGGUUACGAAAAGGCUCAAUCUACAAUCAGAGUCGUCGCGAGAUCCGUAACGAACACUACAGGGCCCUGGCUGCCCGGUUGGUGCGAAGACUGAUCAGCUUCGUUACCCCUGAAUUUCAGGUUACACCAGCAGCUCAACUCCAGCAAGUCGUCAUCCGUCUUUUCCCACAUUUGGACGACGGAAACGGAGAGUCUCACUCAUCCGAGAAGGCUUUCAACAUCUGUGGCGUGCACUUUCUACCUGUUUACACAUCAUCUUCUAGAUCACUGAAUUGGUUCCUGAGUCGAGCUCCGUAUCUCUCGACCGUACCCCUUCCGCAAUGCCAGCAUAGACAAUACAGACUGCGCGAGCACUGGCUACGACGCAACGGGGAGCGCCUCAGUUGGCCAUCCAAGUCACCGUGGAAAAUGUUUGAUGGGCGUUUCUGGAUCAAGGUCUAUUUGCGUGCUCCUUUCGGUGUUCGAGUCGCGCCAUUCAUGAAGGAGCACGCAAAGCCCUUUCGAGAGGCAUUGGCCGAUGACGCCUCCCGGGAUGCGCUCGCAUCUCUCUUGAAGCGAUAUGCACCAGGCAAAGUCCGCUACACUCUCCCCGCGAUCUACGGCAUUGGUAACAUCGACUGGUCGCUCUAUGGAGAGAAUCCCAAUCUUCCUGAAGCUGGAACGCGGUGGGAGAAGACCAGGGCAAAGGAAAAGGAAAUCAUCAAGCGGAUCAGAGAUGGCGCAUGGGAUGAAGAGAUAGGCCCGAAAGCGAAGCUGAUGCUUCUGGCUCUGCCGACGCUUGGAGUGGCUUUGCCUGGGCUGGAUCAGUGGCUCCAGUGGCAGAUAAGUAGCUUGUAG